UGAGUCGCGAACGGGUGUCUACUGUCUCCUCCCGGAAUCGCACGCACAUUUUGGUUUUCAGAUGGUCCGGUUCUAGGGUUUUCCCCUUCUCCGGCGAGAUGACGUCAGCUCUGACCGGCGGAGUCGUCUCCUCGAUCUGGAAUGGCGAUAGAGUUUGGGAAGAUCCUGCGAUCAUCAAGUGGCGGAAGCGCGACGCUCACGUGCCGCUGCAGUGCCACGACACGGUCGAAGGAGCUCUCAAGUAUUGGUACAAGAGAAACAAAGUUGAUGUGCUGGUUUCCAACUUAGCCACAUGGAAUGACGAUGCUGUUUCUAGUUCUUUAGAGAGUGCUAGCUAUUGGGUUGAAGGCUUGCCGUUUGUUCACUCAUUGAGUGGUUAUUGGAAAUUUUAUUUGGCAACUAGCCCCACAGAAACACCUGUGAGGUUCUAUGAGAGUACAUUUGAAGAUGUCAAUUGGGAAGAGCUGCCAGUUCCUUCCAAUUGGCAAAUGCAUGGUUUUGAUCGGCCUAUUUAUACGAACACUCUGUAUCCCUUUCCAUUAGAUCCACCAAAUAUUCCAGUUGACAACCCAACAGGUUGUUACAGAAGGCAUUUCACUCUUCCCAAAGAAUGGGAAGGUCGUCGUAUCUUCUUACACUUUGAGGGUGUUGAUUCUGCUUUUCGAGCAUGGGUAAAUGGCAUGCCUGUAGGAUAUAGUGAGGACAGCAGGCUUCCCGCAGAGUUUGAAAUUACGGAAUUUUGCCAUGCUUUUGGUUCCCCUGAAGAGAACCUCUUAGCUGUUCAAGUGGUUAGAUGGAGUACUGGCUCUUACUUGGAGGAUCAAGAUCACUGGUGGUUAUCUGGCAUUCACAGAGACGUCCUUUUGUUUGCUAAGCCUCAGGUGUUUAUAGCUGAUUACUUUUUCCGAUCAGAUCUAGAUGAGAAGCUUACUUGUGCAGAUAUUCAGGUUGAAGUGAAAAUUGAGAAAAGAAACUUGGACGAUAAAACAUUCGGCACAUUCUCCUUAGAAGCUAAACUGUAUGAAACAGGAACAUGGUAUGAACCUGAUGGUUGUGUAAACUUAUGCUGUUCUGAAGCUACUAAGAUGGAGACUUCUUCUCCAUGCUGUACUAUUAUUGGAUUUCAGGGUUAUAAACUGAAGGGAAAAUUGGAUAUGCCUAAACUUUGGUCUGCUGAAAGGCCCAAUCUCUAUGUUCUAGUCAUCAUCCUCAAAGAUGCCUCAGGAUCUAUCAUUGAAUGUGAGUCUUGCCAAGUUGGCAUUCGUCAAAUCUCCCAAGCCCCUAAGCAGCUACUUGUCAAUGGAAAUGCUGUGAUGGUACGCGGAGUCAACAGGCAUGAACAUCAUCCCCGUCUUGGAAAGACAAAUGUUGAGGCUUGCAUGGUGAAGGAUUUGGUCUUGAUGAAACAAAACAACAUUAAUGCAGUUAGAAAUAGCCAUUACCCACAGCAUACUCGAUGGUAUGAGCUGUGUGACUUGUUUGGCAUGUACAUGAUAGAUGAAGCCAACAUAGAGACACAUGGGUUUGACGUUUCUAAAAGUGUAAAGCAUCCUACCUUGGAGCCUAUGUGGGCCUACCAUAUGUUGGACAGAGUUAUAGGAAUGGUGGAAAGGGACAAGAACCAUGCUUGCAUCAUCCUGUGGUCUCUAGGAAAUGAAUCUGGAUAUGGACCUAACCAUUCUGCUUUAGCAGGCUGGAUCAGAGGCAGGGAUUCCUCAAGGUUUUUGCAUUAUGAAGGAGGUGGGUCCAGAACAUCAUCAACAGACGUGAUAUGCCCUAUGUAUAUGCGCGUGUGGGACAUAAUUAAGAUUGCCAAGGACCCCACAGAACUCAGACCUCUAAUUCUGUGCGAGUAUUCUCAUGCGAUGGGAAACAGUAAUGGGAACCUCAAAGAAUAUUGGGAAGCAAUAGAUACAAUUCCUGGACUUCAGGGAGGUUUCAUUUGGGAUUGGGUAGAUCAGGGCAUAUUGAAGCUAGGUUCAGAUGGUAGAAAGCACUGGGCUUAUGGAGGCGAUUUUGGUGAUUGUCCUAAUGAUCUGAACUUCUGUUUGAAUGGAUUGAUAUGGCCUGACCGAACUCCUCAUCCUGCAUUAAAUGAGGUCAAGUAUGUCUAUCAGCCACUAAAAAUUAUGCUGAUAGGAGAUGUAGUGAAGGUAAUGAACGUACAAUAUUUUGAAACAACGGAGAACAUAGAAUUUAGUUGGAUGUUGAUUGGAGAUGGGACCUGUCUGGGUUCUGGGCUUUUCUAUCUUCCUGUAAUUCAACCUCAGAGCAGUCUUGAUAUUGCGUGGGAAUCAUGUCCCUGGUAUCAACUUUGCAAUUCAUUAGCUUUGGCCGAAGCAUUUUUAACAAUUACUGCUAAGCUCAGAAGUACAACAAUAUGGGCCCAAGCAGGGCAUGUUCUUGCCUCCACACAGCUUUGUGUUCCUGUUGCUAGUUCACCUUCUCCUUCUGUCAUUGAUUUGACUGAGCUUUCUGGAUUGCGAGGUGAAUGCAUCGAUGGGUUUAUUAGAGUAAGCAAACAGCAUUGCUGGGAGAUCAGCAUCAACUCAAAAACAGGAAGAAUUGAUAGUUGGAAGGUCCAAGACUCCCUAGUUAUGACCAAGGGUAUUCUGCCAUGCUUUUGGAGGGCGCUGACAGAUAAUGACAAAGGAGGAGGAUCAAAAAGCUAUGCUUCCAAGUGGAAAGAAUUUUCACUUGAUGACCUGACAUUUCACGCUGAGAGCUGUUUAUUGAAGGAGCUGUCAAGUCAUGUUGCCCAUGUUGAAGUAGUUUUAUUAGCUUUGCCCGGGCAUCAUGAAAAUUUGAAGAUUGAAAACUCUUCUGAAGCAGAAGUGAAAGAUAAAGCUAUCUUCAAGGUGGAUAUCAAUUAUUUUAUUUACGGUACUGGAGAUGUGAUUGUUGAAUGCAAUGUUAAUCCAAGAACUGACCUUCCACCACUACCACGUAUUGGGGUGGAAUUCCAUUUAGAUAAGUCGUUUAAUCAAAUAAAGUGGUAUGGAAAAGGUCCCUUUGAAUGUUAUCCAGACCGUAAAGAAGCUGCCCAGGUUGGAGUCUAUGAGACAACCCUUCAAGAUAUGCAUGUUCCUUACAUUGUUCCUGGUGAAUGUGCUGGCAGAGCAGAUGUAAGGUGGGUAACAUUUGAAAAUGAUGCCGGGCUUUGUCUGUUUGUGUCAUGCUAUGGAGGGUCUCCACCCAUGCAAAUGAAUGCAAGCAAAUACGGUACUGCAGAGCUUGAGAAGGCUGCUCACAACGAAGAACUCGUUGAGUGUGAUGAUAUUGAGGUGCAUCUUGAUCACAAGCAUAUGGGUGUGGGGGGCGAUGAUAGUUGGUCCCCGUGCGUGCAUGAGAAGUACCUUAUCCCACCUGUCCCUUGCACUUUCUCGAUGAGAUUCUGCCUAAUAAGCUCCUCAAAAUCAUGCUUUGAUAUUUAUAGGUCGAUGUUGCCAAAAUAGAUGCAAUAAUGUAACCAACGCUUUACCUUUAUGGAACUCUUAACGCCUUUUGUAAGCAUGGGUUUUUCUGAACAUCUGCGUAGGCUAGCCUUUGAAUUUGGUUUAUGCCUUUUGGCUCUCUGAAGUAUUUAUGCCUUUAGUUCUUCACUUUUAUUUGAUCUUGUAAACAAGGUAAGAUACAUCACAUGGAUUCAGAUGGACAAUGGUGAGAUUAGUAUCCUAUUGAUCUCAUUUCGUUGCUGAACAAGAUUAAUCUUAGUUAAAAUUAGUUGGUCA